UCCUCAAAGCGGAAGUGAAGGCCAAGGCCCGUCGACGGGAGACGUUUCAGGCUGAAGGAGGUGAAUUUUCUCUCAGACUGUCACCCAGGGAUUUCAAGGAGAGAGCAAGCAGCACUCCCAUCUCAAGGUUUAUUCAUCCACCGGGGGUCAUCUCUUUGUCGUUCUCUCCCUUUCUCAGCCUGAUUCUCUCUCGCUUUUAUCCCUCUUCAUCCUGUCAUCCUCUGAGCUCAGUUGAACCUGGUUCAGGACCUUCUACCUUCUCAGAUCCAGUCCCUCAUACAGCCCUCAUCUCUACUGUGUCCGGCCUGUCGGCAUGGCGGGGCGAGGUGGACCAGCGCGGACCAACGGUGCCGCCCCCGUCGGGAACAAAAUCUGCCAGUUUAAGCUGGUCUUGCUUGGAGAGUCUGCCGUGGGCAAGUCCAGUCUGGUGCUGCGCUUUGUCAAGGGCCAGUUUCACGAGUACCAGGAGAGCACCAUUGGAGCUGCUUUCCUCACACAGACAGUCUGCCUGGAUGAUACAACAGUAAAGUUUGAGAUUUGGGACACAGCCGGACAGGAGCGAUACCACAGCCUGGCCCCUAUGUACUACAGAGGUGCCCAAGCAGCCAUCGUCGUCUAUGACAUUACUAACACAGACACAUUCACUAGAGCAAAAAACUGGGUGAAGGAACUGCAGCGUCAGGCAAGCCCAAACAUUGUCAUUGCUUUGGCUGGUAACAAGGCAGAUCUGGCCAACAAGAGAGCUGUUGACUUUCAGGAGGCACAAUCAUACGCAGAUGACAACAGCCUACUGUUCAUGGAGACCUCAGCGAAGACCGCCAUGAACGUGAACGAGAUCUUCAUGGCUAUCGCCAAGAAGCUCCCGAAGAACGAACCACAGGGUGGAGCAGGGAGUGGCGGACGUGCUAGGGGAGGUGUUGACUUACAGGAGACAGCACCUCAGGGCAGAACUGGCCAGUGCUGUGGAGGCGGGAACUAAACAUUGGACCAAUUAGCUGGCAGAUGCACCCAAGGACUGAUACAGGCACACAAACACAGUAUGAACCCAUAGUGCGAAAUCCACUCACUUAUGACCAAGCUCUAAACUAUGGCCCGUUAGACUGCAACAGACAGGCCAGCAGUUUCUGCUUCGGAAAUGGAAAAGGGGCCAUUGAUACCCAUUGAUACUCUUAAUGUUUUGACAAGUUUUCCCUCUUAGCAGUUCAUACAGACACACAAACACAUGACAUGUUUCUGCCAUCUAUGAUUUUCAGAGCCAUUCGUUUUGUCUUGUAUAGAAUUUCGGACGAAAUAUGAAAAAAACAACUGAUCAGUUCCAACCGAUCGCACUUAAACAAAAGCUUUGGUAGUCUCUCUUCAUGAGAGAAGAUCCAAACUGCUGCUGGAGGGGAAACAAGUCUGCAAGUCCAAGCUCUUGAAUUCCCUAUCCUGAAAUUCGCUCAUGUUUGUAUGAAAAAUUUAGUGGUCAGUCCGCUAUUUAAACUUGCACUUCCGUUCGGUGGAUGCAUACUGCCAGUAUUGAGUUACACCUCAUCGUUCUCUGGCUUCUCUUGAUCACAUCCUUCCUUCCUAGUGUAACCAUGUCAGAUAAAGAAGGAAAGAUUGGAGAACGAGAGAAAAGGCUAUUAUUUUCCAUCUGUGUCCAGCUCUUCUAUAGAUUCUGUAUUAUUUUUAUUGUAUUAGUCUCUCAGACAUCCACUACUACAGCACAAAUGAAACAAGUGUAUGAUUUGAUAGGCUAGACUUCUUUUCUAAUCAGUUACAUAUAUCAACUUGUAUAUCUAUAGUGCAUUAACAGGUGGUAUAAUUCCAUUGUCUUGUUUGUUUUUUGUCCUUUGCAUUAAUGAAAACAUUCUUGAAUCAUUGCGAUAUGGAUUAAAUGCAUAUGAAUGACAUUAAGGCAAAAUUGGACGCCACCUACCAAAAUCAUGUUUAUUGACACAAUUAUUAAAGGGGGAAAAGGAUAAUGUUGCUGUAUUUGUAUGUUUUUUUUAUAAUUGUUUUCUGCAAAUAAGACCCCAAUCAUUAGCCAUUUCAAUUCAGCACCUUUGUAAGAAUUUGUUUUCUUGUACAUAUGUGACCCUGGACAACAAAACCAGUCUUAUGGGUCAAUUUUUCGAAAUUGAGAUUUUUACAUAAUCUGAAAGCUGAAUAAAUAAACUUUCUGUAGAUAUAUGAGUUGUUAGAAUAGGACAAUAUCUGGCUGAGAUACAACCGUUUAAAACUGAGGAAUCUGAGAGCGCAAAAAAAUCAAAAUAUUGAGAAAAUUGGCUUUUGAAGUUGUUAAUCAGGGGCACUGUGGCAGACCAUCCACUCACAAAAAUAAAGUUUUUAUAUAUUUAAGGUAGGAAAUUUACAAAAUAUCUUCAUGGAACAUGAUCUUUACUUAAUAUCCUAAUGAUUUUUGGCAUAAAAGAAAAAUUGAUAAUUUUGACCCACACAAUGUAUUUUUGUCUUUUACAAAAAAUGUUCCCGUGCUACUUAAGACUGGUUUUGUGAUCCAGGGUCACAUAUGGUCUGCUUGAGUGCACUGGGUCUUUGUCCUGUCAGUCAAUAUUUUUCUGUCCAUUCCUUCUUGUUUCAUGUUGAAGGACUCUCUUACAACAGGCAUUUUCAGCAUCACCUGUGACCUAGUACAACAAAUGUGAACAGUGAGACAGUUGUCCAAAGCGGGGUCUGAAGAAUGAGGGAGAAAAUGGACAAAUCAAUGAAAAAAUACACAAACCUAAUAGACCUUGUAAUUUUACCAAUAAAGGAGGGGAAGGUAUACAUCAUGUUUAUUGUGUUGUC